AUGGAUCCUGAGCCACUUCCGGCCACCUGGACAUACCUUCUACCCCCGGGACACGGGCUUGACCGCUCUAUGAUUAUCCGGGGAGCUGAGGGCGGAUUAUUGUCAUGUACGAGUCGACCUAUCCCCACUGCCCCCCGGAUCAGUGGUGUCGAUAGAAUCUUCGGCCAAAAAUGCUCGCGCUGCACGCUGCCGCUGCACUCGACGGAGAUGGUGUUCCGCUCCAGAACCGGCGCCUACCACCCGCAGUGCUUUCGGUGUUUGCACUGUAGCAAGGAGCUGCAAACGGGCGACAAAUACGUGAACGUGGAGAAUCAACUGUUUUGCUUCGAAGACUACCAAGCACUUGUCUUCCAAAAUCAAUUAGCAUCUGGCCUUCAAAUCGAGUUCUACGAGCAAAACGACUCAAACAGAAAAACGCCAAAGCGGCCAAGGACCAUCCUGAAUGCAGUGCAACGGAAACAGUUUAAGGCGGCUUUUGAGAAAAGCUCAAAACCUUGUAGGAAGGUCCGUGAGCAACUAGCCAAAGAAACCGGCCUCAGCGUCCGUGUCGUCCAAGUCUGGUUCCAGAACCAACGAGCAAAGAUCAAGAAAAUGUCGCGAAAAGAGGGGGAUAAGAUUGGGCAAUGCGGGGACUCGGAGGGGAAAUCGAUUGAGGAUCAGAAGAGUGACAGCGAUGAUGAUUCCGAAACGGAAACCUGCCAUUCUGGGAUGACAAACACUGCCGAAUCAGCCCACAUCCACCGGCCCGAGCCGCAAUUCCCGGACCAUUUGAGCCGACUCUACGAGAUGCAGAGCACUUAUUUUCAAUUUGGA